AUGGUUCCUGAGAUCGUCGAGGAGGAGGUUAUCGGAGGAACAAUGUCUUUGACACCGCCGCUACUCAAUUUGAACCACGUAUCAUUUGUGGUCAGGUCUGUAAGCCGAUCGGUGAAGUUCUAUGAGGAGGUGCUUGGUUUUGUGAGUGUUAAGAGGCCCUCUUCCUUCAAAUUCCAUGGUGCAUGGCUCUACAACUAUGGCAUUGGAAUCCACUUGCUACAAUGCAACUCCCUUGAUGAAGUUCCAAAAAAGAAAGGAAUCAUAAACCCAAAAGAAAACCAUAUCUCCUUUCAAUGCUCAGAUAUCUACCUACUGAAACGAAAACUCGAAGGGAUGGGGAUAGAGUAUGUCACCGCUGUCGUCGAGGAAAGUGGCAUAGAGGUUGAUCAGUUCUUUUUUCAUGACCCUGAUGGCUACAUGGUGGAGAUUUGCAACUGUGACAAUCUCCCUGUGAUCCCACUCUCCUCAUGCCCUAUGAAAUUUCCUUAUAUGAAGGAUCCAAUGCUGUCCUCCCUCUAUGGUAAAGGGUAUCCUAAGUUGCAGUUUGGCUCAUGUGGUGCUGAAGCAGAAACUGUGAUCAUGGAAACCAUUAUCUACUUUAAGUUAUUAUGUGGUCACCGGUUUCGAGUUGAUGGUCAAGAUAUAGGAAAAUUUAAGUUUUACAGUUUGAGGGUAAGAGCCACUUGGCGGAGAAAUUAUUCUGCGCGGAGGUCGGACAUAGCUCUACGUCCGGAGGCGAAUCAGGUACAACCACAUCAGCUAUACCGAGUUGCGUUACACAGCGAAGGGAUGAUGUGGCGCAUUCUGAUUGGUCUCCAGACGAUGUUCGGCGUCUACACAGAAUAA